CGGAGGCAGUAUGGCUGGGCUGGCAGCUAGGCUGUGCCAAGAGCGAGCGGCUGCUGAGGGGCUGGGUUCCUGCAGGAAUGCCCUCAGCUACUUGGGCCAAGACUACGAGGCACUGAAGCAGAAGUGCCUUCAGACUGGGAUUCUAUUCAAGGAUGAGGAGUUCCCUGCCUGCCCGUCUGCGCUGGGAUACCAGGACCUGGGACCUUACUCCUUCAAAACCCAGGGAAUAGUCUGGAAGCGGCCCACGGACUUAUGUGACAAUCCUCAGUUCAUAGUCGGAGGAGCUACUCGGACAGAUGUUUGCCAAGGAGAGCUGGGUGACUGCUGGCUCCUGGCUGCCAUUGCAUCUCUGACUUUGAAUCCAGAUGUUCUGCACCGUGUUGUUCCUGAGGCUCAGAGUUUCCAGGAGGACUAUGCUGGGAUCUUUCAUUUUCAGUUCUGGCAGUACGGGGAGUGGGUGGAUGUGGUGGUAGACGACCGGCUGCCCACCAAGAAUGGUGAACUACUCUUCGUGCAUUCAGAGGAAGGCAAUGAAUUCUGGAGCGCCCUGCUGGAGAAAGCCUACGCCAAGCUGAAUGGUUCUUAUGAAGCUCUAGCUGGAGGGUCCACUAUAGAGGGGUUCGAGGAUUUUACUGGAGGCAUCUCUGAAUCCUAUGACCUGCGGAGGGCUCCGGCAAACCUGUACCAAAUCAUCCAGAAGGCUCUGAGGGCUGGCUCACUGCUCGGCUGUUCCAUUGAUAUAACUCAUGCAGCAGAAAUAGAAGCAAUCACAAGUCUGAAGCUGGUGAAGGGACAUGCUUAUUCUGUCACUGGGGCAGAAGAGGUCUAUUACCGAGGACAGAUAGAGAAACUUGUGAGGCUUAGAAAUCCCUGGGGUGAAGUAGAAUGGACUGGAGCGUGGAGUGAUAAUGCUCCUGAAUGGAAUUAUAUUGAUCCCAAACAAAAACAGGCUCUGGAUAAGCAAGUAGAUGAUGGAGAAUUUUGGAUGGCAUUUUCUGAUUUUCAAAGGCAAUUCACACGCCUGGAGAUCUGCAAUCUGACUCCUGACACCCUGACAAGCAACCAGGUCAACAAAUGGGACCUGACCAUGUUCAAUGGACAGUGGAUACGGGGUUCAACAGCUGGAGGUUGCCAGAACUACCCAGCAACGUACUGGAUCAAUCCCCAGUUUAAGAUCCGGCUGGAUGAACCAGAUGAUGAUCAUGAAGGGGGUUUGAAUGAGCCAUGCUGUACUAUAUUGGUGGGCUUGAUGCAGAAGAAUCGCAGGAGACAGAAGAGAAUGGGAGAAGGUCUGCUUAGUAUUGGUUAUUCACUCUACCAGAUUCCACAGGAGCUGGAAAAUAACAAAGACAUUCAUCUGAACCGUGCUUUCUUCACAAGGAACCAACCAGUAGCCCGGUCUGAGACUUACAUCAACCUGCGUGAAGUCUCCAGCCGCAUUAGACUGCCUAAGGGAGAGUACCUCAUUGUGCCAUCCACAUUUGAGCCUUACAAAAAUGGAGAGUUCUGCCUUCGAGUUUUUUCUGAGAAAAAGGUUAAAACUCAGAUGAUUGGUGAUAUGGUGGCGGCAAAACCAUAUGAGCCUCAUGUUGAUAACAAAGAUAUAGAUGAUGAGUUCAAGAUUCUAUUUCAAAAGCUCUCUGGAGAGGACUGUGAAGUGACUGCGACUGAACUUCAAACUAUUCUAAAUAGGGUUUUGGCAAAGAGAAAGGAUAUAAGAAGUGAUGGAUUCAACAUUAACACUUGCAGGGAGAUGAUCAGCCUUUUAGAUACUAAUGGGACUGGCUCCUUGGGGCUUAUAGAAUUCAAGACACUUUGGAUGAAGAUUCAGAUGUAUUUGGCAAUCUACAGGAAGGUGGACAGAGACUUCUCAGGUACCAUUGACUCCCAUGAGAUGAGAAAUGCUCUCAGCGAGGCAGGUUUUGUGCUCAACAACCAGGUGCAGCAGAGCAUUGCCAUCCGCUACGCCUGCAGCAAGAUGACCAUUGAUUUUGAUGGUUUUGUGGCCUGCAUGAUCCGCUUAGAGACCCUUUUCAAAGUGUUUCAUCUCCUAGAUAAAGAGAAGAGUGGAGUUGUUCGGCUUUCUUUAGCAGAGUGGCUGUGCUGCACACUGGUUUGAGUUGAGAUCGAUGAAUUCAGCAGAGAGCUCUGAACGCAGAAUCACUCCUUCAGCAUCUCCCUGCUACAGAAAGCAGAGAGAGAAACUUGUUUUUAUUACUGGCAAGUUAUUUUAGUCCACGAUAAAUGAUUUCCUGUCAGUUAGAAGGUAAAUAUACUCUUGAACAAGACCUCAAAGAAAUAAACCAAGCAAGGCUAAACCUA